AUGGCUCGUACAAGAGCGUGGGACCACCAGGAGAGAUACUCCCCGACGGACUCGGUCGACGACAUCAUUGCAUCCCCGAACCUGUCUGAUUACUCCCUCGAGAACGGAGCCAGCGCCACACCCCCGAGCAAGGGAAAAGCGAAUGGGAAGGGUCGGCCUCAGCGUAGACCGUCUAACCGCGACGAGUUCGACGGCCCGCAUCAGUUUCUCGCCCGUCCGCCACCAGAAUAUAUCGCUAUGCAAGAGCGCGAGUUACCUCACCUACCUACGAACCUGCACGUCCAGGAGCAAGACCUAGUCCUGACCCAAGUCAACGACCGACUCUCGCAGUGCGCCUACGAUUUUGUUGCCAAGUACCAGUUUCCGAUUCCCUUGACACAGGAUAUGCGACCUGUAGAGCGGCCGCAGGACCGCGAAUGGACGGAAUGGGUGUACCUUUUGAAGCGGUUGGCGACGAAGCGCCGCAUCCCGGCGCGGGUACUUUACAACGGACAGAUCAAGCAGUUUGUCACGAUUCUCGAGAACUCCCUGGAGAUGCGGCAUGCGGCCAAGCACCAGAGCCGGCCAUUGAAAGACGACCGCAAUAUCCUACAGCUCAUCUCGGCGGGCAUCCAGGUGGCCAAGAUCCUCAAGGAUGCGAGCGCCAUGGACUACCUCGACCGACUAUACGUUUCCACGGAGAAGCAGAUCCAAGACCGCGCGGCUGCGCGGUUCAGAAGUUGA